AUGGUUCCUCGACAGUUUACGCACGAUGACUAUACCGUAUAUGUGCUUUGCCCAACACGGAUGCUCUCGGCAGCCGACCCGCAAGACACGAAUUCGUACCUCCUUGGAAGAAUCGGACACCACAAUGUGGUGAUAGCUUGCCUGCCCGCCGAAACAACAGGCAAAGCAUCUGCUGCAACUGUUGCUAAAGACAUGCUCCGCAGCUUCAAAUCUGUCAGGUUCGGAUUGAUGGUUGGCAUAGGUGGAGGAGCACCUUAUUACGGCGAUGGAGGUAACGGUGGCGAAUCAGAGAGCGAGGACUCCGAGACAGACGACUUCGACGACAUAAAAGACGUUCGACUCGGCGAUGUUGUCAUAGGCCUACACUCUAAGGCUACUGAAGCUGUUGUACAGUACGAUUUUGGCAAAUCAGUGCAGGAAAAGGAAUUCAUCCAUGCCGGUGGCAGACUGAAUAAACCCCCGAACCUGGUGUUGAAUGCUGUUUCUAUGCUCCAGGGCCAGCAUAGGCGGAAGGGCCAGAAGAUCCCGGAGUUGCUGUCAACAAUGCUGACAGAAAAUCCGGGCAUGGCUAAGGGAUUUUCCCAUCCAGGCCCUGGGAAGGACAAGCUUUUCAAGUCAGAUGUCGUACAUCUGAAGGGGAGAAAGUCGUGCAAGGCUUGCCGCGGACCUCAUGAUAGUAAUCUAGUGAAGAGUAAAGACCGAUUUGACAAAUUUCCGCAGCUACAUUACGGAACUAUCGGAUCAGCAGAUCAAGUAAUGAAGGAUGCCAUCCUAAGGGAUAAGUUAGCACAGCAGCAGAAUAUAAUGUGCUUCGAGAUGGAAGCUGCAGGCUUGAUGGACUCAUUCCCUUGCCUCGUCAUUCGCGGUAUCUGCGACUAUGCCGACUCCCACAAAAAUAAGAUUUGGCAGCCAUACGCGGCAGUGGUGGCGGCGGCAUACGCAAAAGAGCUUUUGUCCGUCAUUCCCGCACAAGAAGUCAGGAAUCUAUCUCCGAUCGAGCAAAGGACCGGGACAUGGUUCCUCCAGAGCAAAACAUUUGGCGACUGGAAGCUUGGCUCCUGCCAGUGCUUGUGGCUUCACGGCAUGCCAGGAUGCGGCAAAACCGUCCUUAGCGCUACUAUCCUCGACAACCUCGAGAAGGAAAGGGAUAGCACCACACUUGUGUUCUUCUUCGAUUUCACAGAUACAAGAAAGCAGAAGCUAGGUGACAUGCUGCGUUCCCUUGUCUUGCAGCUCUAUCGCUUACGGCCAGACUCUCGGAAGGCCUUUGACAGCUUAUUUGCCUCUCACAAAGACGGGCAAUUACAACCCGACACCGGUAGGCUCUUAUCUUGUCUGAAGAAUAUGAUGCAAGUUGCUGCACAUGUUUCUGUUCUCCUUGAUGCUCUAGAUGAGUGCUCUGAAAGGUCUAAGCUGCUGGAAUGGAUGCAGGACUUCAUCCCAGCCUUCGCAAACGUUCAUCUCCUGUCUACUAGCCGAGCUGAAGACGACAUCAAGAACGGCCUUCGUAGCUUGAUCGGGGAUGUCAAUUGCAUUCAUCUAAACAAUGAUUCCAUAAAUGCCGAUAUUCGCUCUUAUACAAAUACCAGGCUACAUAAAGGCGAAGAAUUCAAAAGGUGGGCAAAGCUGCCAGAAGUGCUGGACAGUAUCGAGAAUAUAGUGAGUAGAAAAGCUGAUGGAAUGUUUCGAUGGGCGGUUUGCCAACUUGAUCGCCUCAGAGAAUGUCUCGAUCGCGAAGCAGUGGAUGACACUCUGCAAUCACUACCUUCCGACUUGGAUACAACAUAUGCCCGAAUUCUUGCAAAUAUUCCACCGGAACGUAAAAAGAAAGCGAUCCGUCUACUGCAGUUCCUUGUCUACUCAGAAAGGCCGUUAAUCCUUGCAGAGGCUGUUGAUGUGAUCGCCGUUCGCAUCGACGCAGGGUACUUCAACAAAAACGACAGACUUCAGUGGCCCGAAGACAUUACGGCAUUUUGUUCAAGCCUAGUGUCACUUGUCGAAAGUUCAGACAAAGGACGAUUACAAACCAUUCAACUGGCGCAUUUCUCAGUAAAGGAGUACCUUCAACAGUGUGAUGUCUCGGCAUUUAUAAUUCCUCAACUAAUGGCUGAUGUUGUGCAGGUAUGCUUGACAUAUCUUGCAAGCAUACAAGAGGAUAAAGUUUCUAGACUACGGAUACAAUAUCCACUCGCCCGAUACGCAUCAGAAAUAUGGAUGGACUGCGCUGAACAUGCAGAAGCUUCAGCAUCAAGUUUAAAGGCAAUUUUGGAAUUUCUCCGGAAAGCGACAAAGUUUAGACUCUGGGCUAGUCUAUUCAAUCCGGAGAGGCCAUGGGAAGACGAUCCGGGCGAGCCUAAGGCAGCGCCACUGUACUUCGCUUGCCUUUCGGGCCUUCAACAGACAGUGUACAAAAUUCUGUCGAUUGGUGCCGACAUUAAUGCACAAGGCGGCGACUAUGGCAAUGCUCUCCAAGCUGCCUCGAUUGAAGGCCAUCAACAGAUUGUGCAGCUGCUGCUAGACAAUGGAGCAGAUAUCGAUGCACAAGGCGGCCGCUAUGGCAAUGCUCUCCAAGCUGCCUCAUACAGAGGCCAUCAAGAUAUCGUGCAGCUGCUGCUAGACAAUGGAGCAGACAUUAAUGCACAAAACAUCAAUGCACAAGGUGGUGACUAUGGCAAUGCUCUCCAAGCUGCCUCGAUUGAAGGCUAUCAACAGAUUGUGCAGCUGCUGCUAGACAAUGGAGCAGAUAUCGAUGCACAAGGCGGCCGCUAUGGCAAUGCUCUCCAAGCUGCCUCAUACAAAGGCCAUCAACAGAUCGUGCAGCUGCUGUUAGACAAAGGAGCAGAUAUGACAAUCACGAGUAGCCAUGGUCAUACACCACUUCAUAUUGCUGCUAUAAACAGGCAACUCCGAGUUCUCAAGUUGCUGUUGUCACGUGGUGCCAAUCCAAAUGCGCGAGACAUCUGUGGGCGAACUCCGUUACUACAUGCUGCCUCGUGUACGGAUGAAUUGGAUAGUAUCCAGCUCCUACUCAAAUCUGGUGCAUUGAUUGGAAUGCAGGAUCACUACGGCUCAUCACCACUUCUAGCAGCUGUCAAAAAUGGACACGCAGAAGUGGUUCGGCUUCUACUCACAAGGGGAGAUAUAGAUAUCGAUACUAUCGAUGCGCUCGGCCGAUCGGUAUCGUGGUGGGCGUCCAAGACAGGAAAUACUCAAAUCAUUAAUCUUUUGGUCCAGCGUGGUUCGAUAGUCACUGAGCUUACAGCACACGAAAAACAGACCAUUCUCCCCACAAUCAAGUACAAGAAUGCUUUCAUGACUUGCGAUGCCUGUCUUCAGGGAAUUUCCAGCAAGGUAUCUUACUACCACUGUGGCAUAUGCAGCGGUAGCGACUUUGACAUCUGCUUGGACUGUUUCAAAGGUGGCCUUCAUUGUCCAGACAAGUCUCAUAGCCUAUCCUGGACAAAAUCUCGCGUCUAA